AUGGCCCCCAAAAAGAAUGUCCGCGACCGUGUUGCCACGCCCUCCCCGGCCGCCCCCGUCCAGGAGGCUUCCGCCGCGCCAGCAGUUUCCUCCCUCCCAGCCAAAACGACUCCCAAAGGCGGCCGCGCCAACUGGGACGAAGUCCUGCUCAACAUCUACCAGUACUACAUGAAGGAGACGCCACAGCGGACGAAGCUGAUUGAUGUGUUCUUGCUCUUUUUGAUCGCCGUUGGCGGGCUGCAGUUUGUGUACUGCGUCCUCGCGGGCAACUAUGUGCGUUUCUUUAUACCCUCGGAUAGAGACCGAUAUGGGACGUGUGUGCUGACAUUUGAGGGUAGCCGUUUAAUGCUUUUCUCUCAGGCUUCUGUGCUUCGGUUGGUCAGUUUGUUUUGA